CGAGCCGGGUGCAGCAUCACUCUCCCGCCAGUGCUGCCGCCCGCCUCUCCCCGUUGCCGGAGUCCCCGCUCGGGGUUGCUCCUCGCGUUUUUUCCCCCACCAUGGGAAAGACAGGCGGGCUCCGCGGUCGCCUAAACAGGCGUGGCGCCGCUCGGUAGCGGCGGGAGGGGGAGGGCAGCGCCGGGCGCCCGCGCUCAUUUACGGUGUCAUCACAUGGCGCCGGAGUGGGGGAAGGUCCCGCCAAGCGCGGGCCGGCCGGGCGGGCGGGCCUUGCGGUAGCCGUGUCCCUGGGAGAUGUCGCGCCUUCCGGGCCAGAGGCUUGUGGCGGCGGUGAGGGGCUGGCGCGGGUGCUCAGUUUGCAAGUCAUGUGCUCUCCGAAGAUUUUCCAUCCAGCCUGUCCAGCAGAAGAAGAUUCCAAAUCGGUAUUUGGGCCAGCCCAGCCCCUUCACACACCCACACCUUCUCAAACCAGGGGAGGUAACCCCAGGACUGUCACAGGUGGAAUAUGCUCUUCGCCGACACAAACUGAUGGCAUCAAUCCAGAAGGAAGCCCAUGGCUGGGAUGGAUUGGACCACACAGUGAUUCUGUUAUCCAACCCCACCUACUACAUGAGCAAUGACAUCCCCUACAUUUUCCACCAGGACACUAACUUCCUGUACCUCUGCGGGUUCCAGGAGCCUGACAGCAUCCUGGUGCUGCAGAGCAUUCCUGGCAAAGCGCUGCCCUCCCACAAAUCCAUACUUUUUGUGCCUCGGAGAGAUCCAAGCCGAGAGCUGUGGGAUGGGCCCAGAUCAGGCACUGAUGGGGCAAUUGCUCUCACAGGAGUGGAUGAAGCUUACACCAUCGAGGAGUUCAGGCACUUGGUGGCCAAGCUGAAAGGUGAGUCGAACAUUGUAUGGUAUGACUUGACAAAACCAGUGCAUAGAGAGCUGCAUUCCGACUACCUGGAGCCCCUGGCAGAGAUAAAAGCUCGGAACAAAACCCGCAUCCAGGGCAUCCGACACCUGGUGCAAAACCUUCGUCUGGUUAAAUCUCCAGCAGAGAUUGAAAGGAUGAAGAUAGCUGGACGGGUGACAGCAGAGGCUUUCAUAGAGACAAUGUUUGCCAGCAAAUCCCCAGUGGAUGAAGCCUUUCUCUAUGCAAAGUUUGAAUUUGAGUGUCGGGCUCGUGGUGCUGACAUCCUGGCCUACCCUCCUGUUGUUGCUGGUGGCAACAGAUCCAACACUUUGCACUAUGUGAAGAACAAUCAGCUCAUCAAGGAUGGUGAACUGGUCUUGCUAGAUGGUGGAUGUGAGUCUUCCUGCUAUGUAAGUGACAUCACACGUACCUGGCCUGUCAACGGAAGGUUCACCCAACCCCAAGCAGAAAUAUACCAGGCUGUCCUGGACAUCCAGAAGUCCUGUCUAAGCCUCUGCUCCCCAGGCAUGAGCCUAGAAAAUAUCUACAGCCUCAUGCUGAGCCUUAUUGGACAGAAACUGAAGGAGUUGGGAAUCCUAAAGAGCAGCAUCACAGACAGCCACUUCUUCAAGGCUGUUCGAAAGUACUGCCCCCAUCAUGUGGGCCAUUAUUUGGGCAUGGAUGUUCAUGAUACCCCAGAUAUAUCCCGAUCACUUCCACUCCAGCCAGGCAUGGUGAUAACCAUUGAACCAGGCAUUUAUAUUCCUGAGGAUGAUGUUGGUGCCCCAGAGAGGUUUCGUGGCAUUGGUGUGCGCAUUGAGGACGAUGUUGUGAUUACAGAGGAUGCACCUCUCAUCUUGUCUGCUGACUGUCCUAAGGAGAUCUACCACAUCGAGCAAAUCUGUGGCCGCAGCUCAUGAUGCCUCUUCUCUGCCACUUGCAUCCUCUUCAGAGAAGAUGCAGCCCUCCAGGGAUAAAGAUCCCUGUAGCUGGCUGUAGUUGUCAAGUGAUGGAGGGUGUGAACAGUUGGGCUGGGAACUGGAAUGCAAAAGGCUUGCGUACAGAGGGAUGAAAACACAAAGCAACCUUUUCCCAGUGUGUUUUCCUUCUGAUUUGAUUUAUGUUGAUGUUGUGCUGUUGUAGGACAUGGGGUGGAUUCAUCCCUCUGCUGUGUGGAUCCAUCUGUUCUGGUAUCCUUGUAAGGAUGAAUUUUGUCAGUGGCACCAGCAGGACUUCUGCCUGGUCUGUCUCUAAUUACAUAGGUGCAACUGCUGAAACCAGGGCCUUGUGUUUUCCCCAUUAGCAGUAGUUACCCAGCAGUCACAUUUUUAAAAUGAAGCUUUGAUAAAAACUGUUUUUGGUGAAUGAAGUGUGUCAGACAGCUAUGAUUUUUGCAGAGCCCUGGAGGGGAGGGGUUUUUGGUGGUCAGAAAGGUGAGUUUGGUUGGGAGGUAAUUUUAUCUGGAGCCUGUGGAGAACACUUCCAGUAUUUUAAGGACAGGAUGUGUUUGGACUUUGUUCAGACAUAUGCAAAAUAGGCCAGCAGCAUGGAAAAACAUCUCAUCUGGUGUUUCAUCUUAUAUCUGUGUUUGAUGAUUUCAGAAAGGACAGAUAGUGCUCAGGAGGCUGGACAUACCCAUUCUUUCCAUCCUCCACAUUCACUUCUUUUUGUCCCAAAUAUCCACUCCAAUCUCCCAUACUGAGCCCAGUUCUACCUUGGGCAGCAGGGCUCUGUUGGCUGGGCUGGGCUCCACAUGAUGAGCUGCUGAUUGUCACCCAAAUUUGAGGUGUCUGAUUCUGAGACAAUCGUGUCACCUCUCUGGCUUGUGCUGUAAUUGUCAGCAACUUCAGCAGUGCAUUUUUGAAGCAUCUGCCCUUGAGACUUUGUCUCAAGCCUUUACACAGCUUUUAUACAGACUAUAAAGUAAUUCUCCUUUUCAAAGCACCGUGGGCAAUGGUCACAGCUGCCUUUGGGUUUUGCCAAGGGCAGUCAGUAACUAAUGCUCUGUGAUAAUAUUUUUGAAGCAGCUGCACAUGUGAUUAGGGGCUGGGGUGGAUGACGAGUAAAGAGAAGAGUUGUCAUCCCUCAACAUCAACCUCCCACCCAGGCCAUUGCAUACAGUAGUAAAUACACUUAGUAGAGGCACAUGCAGCAUCUGUGUAUUUACUGGAAAUAUUUUGACAAUUAGCUACUCAACGUCUGAAAAAUUCCUCUCUUCAGCGUACAUUCUGUUAUCUAUGCUUGCUGUUGCACUAUAUCAUCUUACUUCCUUUUGGACAGUGGCUUUCAUUAUUUUAUGUGUUAUUCUCAAUUUUCUUUCUUUUUCUCUUCCUAUAUUUUCUAUUUUUGACCCACUGUAAUGACACUGCUUCCUAAUCCAUUUUUCUUUCUAAUCAACAUCACUGCCUGUUCCCUAUUUGCCCUUAUUCCCCACAAUGAAUAUAGUCAGAAGCAUGUGGGUAAAGUUGUCAGGAUUCCCAAGUUUGGCCUCUGGCUCUGUUGCUGUAUAAGUUCUAGUGAAAUCUGCCUCUUUUUUUUUUUUUUGCUUUUUUUUUUUAACCCACCUUUUUUUUUUUCCCCUUUUCUGUUUCAUUUCACUCAGUGAAGGUCAAAUGGAUGACAUCUUGCAUCUCUACCUGCUUUUAAUGGAAGCUGGGUGCAUACAAACUGAAUUUGGUGCUUGAAAGGCAGCCCAAGACAUGCGUAAUUUUAUUUUUUAAACAUGAUGAAAAGUUUAUGCUUUUAUGGACUUAGUGUAUAAAGUUUCACCUGGUGAAGAGAAUCUGCUAAUCUUUGAUGGAAGCCUUUGUUAGAUGCUCAUGCGCUGCAGUUGUAAGUACAGUGUAAAUUGUUAAAGGGAAGACUGAAGUGUGGACACAGAACUAUUGAAUGCUUUUGAUGUUGUUCUGGUUUAUAACACAUUUGUUGUUCCAAUUAUACCUGUUAGAGCCUGGUCAACUGGGACAAAUCUUGGAUUUGGGAAAUAUGUAAGUGGAUAAAUGAGCCUGAGAACUAUGGUGUGUGUGCUGAUCCACACAUCUGCCUGUGUUCCUAACAGUUAAUAAUUGUACUUAGUGUAAGUAAGCCUUUGAAAUACAUAUUAAAAAGGUAUUUUUAAAAUAAAACAA